AUGUCUGCCAUCCCUGAAUUUGCUUUUCCAGGGCAGCCGCUCGUGCCUACCUACGAGCUUGUGAGCACCAAGCAGGUCAAACGCUUCCAGGCUGGAAAGGGUACCAAGCUUGUGAAGCUUGAAAUCACUAAAGGCCACAGACUAGUCGAGGUCCCAACUAUCGUCGCUACCAUUCUCGGGAAAGUUGUCGUUGUAGAGCGUGAGGCCCCAGAGACAGAGGAAGCGGACAAUGAUGCUUUGAACGUCAAGACAUAUGUCGUUUCCGUGUUGCCAAAGGGCCAAUCGGUCGAGACCGUGGACCUCUCCGCAGGCCUAGACGAUGCGAUUGUUUCAAGUAACCUUCCGCAAGAAGGAGACAUUAUUCUCUGCCGUGUGACCAAAUUGACGCUCAGACAAGCCUUUGUGGAGAUUUUGGCAGUAGAGGCGCGCGGGGUUGUAUCCAAGGACGGCGGUGUCGGCCACAACGGCUCCGGCGAGGUGGCGUCUGGCGGCGGUUCCGGCGCGCUCACCUCUUCACUGGCCACAGCAAACACUGCGCCGACGCAUGCAAUUGCGUCGGACUUGGGCGAGACCUUCAAGGGGUUGAUCCGGUCCCAGGACGUCAGAUCCACCAACAGAGACGCGGUCAAGAUGAUCGAGAGUUUCAGACCAGGUGACAUUGUGCGGGCGUUGAUUAUUUCGUUAGGUGACGGCUCCAACUACUAUCUCUCGACUGCCAGAAACGACUUGGGGGUUGUGUUUGCCAAGGCCCAUAGCGGUGCCGGUGGCUUGAUGUAUGCCGUUGACUGGCAAACCAUGGUCUGUGCCCAGACCGGCGAGACUGAGUUGCGCAAGUGUGCGAAGCCGUUUUAG